AAUGGAUAAAAUUUAACUACGUGGUAAGCGUAAAGCGUCGUCUGUUAUACCAAGCACUUCGGUUUCAUCUGUGCUAAGCACGUCGUCAUGAAGUUGAAUGGAUUGCGUGAAGAUGACUCUGGACUAGUACAGGCGGUGGUUCUGAGUGUCAUCAUGGAGAAGAUGGAUAUUGAUGAUGAUGCAGUUGUGGAUCUGAGUGUCAGGCGAGACCGAGACGUUCAGCAAUCGCCAGCUGUCAGGAAUAUGUUGGGUGCAAGUGAGGUGCCACAGGAUCUUUCCCGUUCACACAGGCCCAUUGCAGAGGACAUUGUAGGUGGUAGUGACACUAUACCUCGGGGCAUGAUCCCUCGUAGUAUAAAGGAGUUUGAUGAUCGCUACCCACGACGCAACCUGAGGCCCCGAACAGAGCGUAACUAUGCCGAGAGUCCCGACAUCAUUGUGCUGUCUGAUGAGGAACCUCGAUUAAAUGGGUUUGCAACCAAUGGUUAUGACAGCGACACAGAUGAUGGGGAGAUGCCACCGCUACCUCCUAUUAAGGAACUGUCACCAGCAGAGCUUGCAGAGCGUGAACGGGGGCUGCGCAAGCUUCGUGAAGAGCUGCGUAAUGAGGAGAUGAAGCUGGUACUGCUGAAGAAGCUCCGCCAGUCACAGCAGAUGAAAGAGAAUAUUGCGGUGGUGCCCCCCAGUCAGCAGCCUUCCUCCAAGUUGCCACCUCCGGGCAAACUGCCUCCCCCACCUCAACAGCAGCCACCACCUCCACUUGUGAGGACGAACCACACCAAACAGCCGGUUCCAAACAUCAUCCCACCUCUGCUCCGAGGGCAACCUCCACCCUCAAGGGGUCAGAAUAUUCACCACCCUCCACCACUGAUGAUGGCUCCACAGCAAGGUCGUGGCUCAUCUACAGGGCUGCCACCCAACAUGGUGCUGACUCAGCAGUCCCUCCAACGAGGUGGGGGUGGAUCGCUGGGUGGCAGACCUCCUGUGAACACGCCUCCUAAUGUGGUGAUGGGCUAUCCUAUGGGGUCACAGGACCGCAGUGCUCCGAAAGAGUCUCAUCACUCCCCCGUUACACCACCAGUCUCACAGACGCAACAGCAGAUACUCGGCAAUGUGGAGAACAAAGCUCCCGUGAGCUCCAUCCCCCUGCAGCUACCGGAGCAGGAGCGGGUACGUGUGGAAGAGACACAAACACCGGCACAGCGUCAGGCCGCUGCAAAAUUGGCGUUGCGUAAACAGCUGGAGAAAACCCUCUUGCAGAUCCCUCCCCCAAAACCACCCCCACCAGAGAUGCACUUCAUCCCAAACCCAUCAAACACGGAGUUCAUCUACCUGCUUGGAUUGGAGCAUGUUGUAGACUACAUCACCAAGGACCAGAAGACCCCGCCCCCACCCGACGCAUUCAAAUGCUCGCAGUGCCAAACAGACUUUACGCCUGUGUGGAAGUGGGAAAAGAACCCAGCUAAAGGCAAAGAGCCUAAGGUUAUAUGUGAGCAGUGUGUAACGACAAAUGUGAAGAAAGCUCUGAAGGCAGAGCAUACGAACCGUCUGAAGACAGCAUUUGUCAAGGCCUUGCAGCAGGAACAGGAGAUCGAGCAGCGUCUAGCGCAGGUGUCCUGUGCAUCCCCACCACGAGCAAAGCUGGCGGCAGAAUCGAGCAAGUUUGGGUCCCAUCACGCUGCAGCCGCAGCACUACACCAGCAACUGCUGCGUGGGAUGCCCCAGCACCAGCCAAUGCCUGCACACAUGCUCCCGUUCUCGCCCCUCCUGUAUCCGUACCAGCUUGCGAUGGCUCAAGCAGCGAGUGGGAAAAGCUCGGUGGCAGCUGCAGCGGCAAAUCUCGUGGAGUUGCAGAGGCAAGCGGCAGACCUCCAGCGACAGUACCUACUGGACAUGAUCCCCUCGCCACAGCCGUCACCCUCCCGUUCUCACCCCCACUCCCUGAAUAAUUGGAAGACAUGAUGGCACAGUUCUGCCACUGGCCAGCAGCAGCAACAGCAGACACAGGCCGGGUUCCCGCAUCUCGCCACAGGCUGGGACAACCUCAACUAGGUCGCACAGAGUAGGCUGGGAACCAAGGUGGGGUGGAGCACUGGGGAAUGCUGUGGGAUGCCUGCUGUCAUUGCUCAAUGAAAGGUGCAAGCAAUAUCCAGUAUUAUGUCAAGGUCUACUCAGUCUGGAAACGUCCACAUUGCUGCCAGCGCAUGAUGUUGGUACUAGCCAGUAGAGCCACCACACAUUUCCCCAGCUAGUCUCACCAUUUGGUGCAGCUUCUUGUAAAUAAAGAACUUUCCACUUUUAGCAGUGCUAUGAAGAUCUUCAUAUUGUACCUCUCUCUUUUCUUUUUUUUUUGUGAACAAUGUACUGUAGUCCUGAUGUGGAGAAAAUGGCUGAAUUUCUCUAUUCCUUCCCGUUCUGGAUAUCUUGGUGUUAGAUUAUUAUGUUCAGUGUCCGUUCCUUUGUCGUCAUUACUUAACGUUUUCAAAUAUUUGGCGUCUCUGCGAUGAACAGUGCUGUUUGCCGAUAACAGUGAACUUGCCCUGGAAUGUGUCAUGCGCCCAAUAACAUGGAGCUGUCUUUUUUUUUUUUAAUUUGUUUUGUUUUGUAAAUGUUAGAAGUACACAAAGAAGUUCAGUAAUAAUGUUGAAGAUGAUAAUUCUCUGGUAGUGGAAGUGCAAUUAGGGAUGUUACAUUUUUUUUAUUUGUAAUGAAUGGCUUGAGUGUUGGGACAGACAGCGUGAGAGAAGUAUGCAUUUAUUGUAAGUGCUGCAUAAACGUAUUUUGCUCAUUUUUACAUUUGCUAACAUAGUAGCAUUGUGUGUGAGUGUGUGUGCGCGUGCAUAUGCGUGUGGGUGCAUAUGUUAUGUAUUCGUCUUGUCAUCGUGUCAUCAUCCACUUGUAUCCUUUCUCCACCUUCCUGUGUCACUAGGGCUGAGAAGUGAAGCAGUGAAGCUGCCGGUAAUUGGACACCACGGGGCCUCCAACCCAUUAACUUGCGCAAUUUAACCGUUUCAUGACAAUUUCUUAUGACUUUUCUGCGGUACAAUUUUUUUUUCUUUCAAAUGUCACCGAUUGAUGUGCAAAUGAUGUAUCCAGAUCAAGCUUGCUAUUUGUGUAGUGGGCAUGUAAUCAAAACAGACAUGUCUGGUUAUCUCUAAAUGUUAUUGACAAUGGUGUUGAAUUACCAGUUUCAAUUUUUUUGCACUUUUUCAGUCGUUACAAUGCUUCCUCAAAAAACCACUACAUUUUAGGCGAUGGCUCUUGUCCUGUCCUCAGUUGAACCUAUGCAGUCGGGCCUUGUAGAAGGAGCUAAUGUUUAUCUGUGCACACAGAUCGCAGUCCACAGAGUCUGAAGAUGGCUAUCUUCCGGGUUGUUGUGCCCUGUAGUCACACAGCGUAACAACCCAGAAGACAGCCGUGUCCAAGUUCCAUUAUAUUUUUUUUAAAAUACAGAUGGAUUGUGAUUUCACAUUCACCUGCUCAAGAUCGCUUGAGACGUUUCCAUUUUCACAUAUGUGUACUUUUAAGAUUUGUUAUUUUUUUUCAUUUUAACUUAUAUAAAAAUUGAGCCACAAUAAUAUUCCUGGAAGAAGUGUGUAAACUAUUUACUAAAAUUGGGGGGGGGGGGGACUUGUUCUUGCUCAUAAAAUUUAAAGUGUUUAUUUUGUAAUGUCUAUAAGAGAGAGGUCAGUACAAUGCUGGAUAUGAUGUGCGUACUGAUUGUUUUUUGUUGAGUCAUAAAUGCACUGCAGCUUGUUUGUUACCCACAUCCAAUUGACAGAAAUGGAAACCUGAUCGUCAGCUGUGAAAUUCUUCCUUGUAUUUUAACAUUAAUAAAAUGAUGACAAUAACGAGUAUUCUUAGAUAUCUAAAUUGCUUUCCUUCUGCAGGGAGGAUAUUUGGUGGCUACAGGGCAUGGCCUUUUCCGCCGUGCUCGAUCACUGCAUCAGUUGCCACAUUGAAGUAUGACUCGAUGUUGUCAAAGACUCCUUUAGUAGGACGUUGAUAAAUUUACACUGAAGCAUAGUGUGUUUUUGUAUGAAUCUUACGUGAAGUGUAACUUCGUUGGGAAGGAUCUGAGGAAAGUUUUCUGGUGUUGAGUUACCAGCAGAAACAGUAUUCAUGAUCUUGUCAAUAACGUAAGAGUGACUGGUUCAUUAGUCGACUGGAAACCAAAAUGUGAGCAUUGAAUAUUUACAGAAUGGAAGUUGGAAUGAAUUGGAGCUUGCUUGACGUCACCUUGUAAGUCUUUUAAAUACAUUUUACGAGAAGCUGGAGUGUCAGAGGGGCACAGUAAUUAGAACAUCUGGUGUGUUAGCCAAAAUUUGUUGGGUGACGGAAUGUGUCUAAGCCAGUGGGGAACAUUUCAGCAUCUGCUGUAACAUACUAGAGUUUAUUUGACUCUGUGAUGUUGCCGCAGUCUCACGGUCUUGAUAAAGCGUGAUCAACGCAGCAUCCGUGCACAGCAGUAAGGCUGUGCCAUGGUGUCUGAGUCAGAUAUCCUUCCUGUACAAGAGACUCCGUCACGUACUUGACGUUUUAAGUGUUUCAGUUAUGGGACUGUGUUUAUAUGUUUCAUAUGUGGAAACUGUAACAGAUUUAGACAAAACUUGGUAUUUAGGGUCCACAGUGGAAGGUAGUAGACUACUUUGAUCAAUACUAGUCUGAGAAAGCCCCUACUUGACAGAAAGCUCGUUGUAUACUUAACAUGAAAUAGUAGAUCUUUCUGACGGGGCCCAAAGAAUUUAUUUGUUUUCUUUUCUGUGGUGAGGAAAGACGCGUGGAUAAUUAGUAACAAAAUCUUUGAUUUGUUCAUUAAUAUUCUCUUCCUCAGAUAAGUGGUCUACAGAUGAGGACCUUUGUUAUCGCAACACUGACAUAUUUGAAUGUCAGAAUGUAGCAGAUAUGUUAAAAUUGGCAUUCAAUUUUCACCUUUUAAUCAAUUAUUUUCUGACAUAAGAUAGAUUUGUAUCUGCAGUAAAGGAAUGUGAAAGCGGGUGAAGUAUAAAGAAUACCUUUUUUAAAUGUUUUUGUUCUGCAGUACACCUUUCCUCUCUUGCCAUAGGAUUGUUAUAAAGUGAAGGAAAUGGGAGUUUAUCUGUGGUUGUGCAUUGAAUUUAUACUCUUUUGCUGUUGCCACAUAAUGUUUGCUCACUGGUAAAUAUCUCUUUAAUGCCUAUGAAUCAUUCGUUUUUGGGUGGUGUAAUGUGUUAUCACACGAACGUUCAGUUAGAUCUGAUUUGUCGUACGAAACAACUGGGAUUGUUUCUGGUUACCGUAGUAUUUUCUGUAUUACCUGGUUUUAAAAUUAAAUCAAUAAAAUCAAACUUCAUCUUUAAUUUAAAUGUUAGGUUAGAACACAGUUGGACAGCAGUAUGGUUCUGAACCGUGUUUGCACACUGAAAUGUGAUGUGCUGUAAGCGUGUUUAGGACCUGUGAGGGCUAAGCCACUUUCUUGCACACAUUUGCAUUGUGCAUGUGAUUGCACAGCUCGAUAUACUGUGGUGUACUACUUCAUGUGGAGCCCGAAAUCGACUGAAUGCUCCGAAUAAUGAUGUUAGAGCAUCUGCAUUUUCAAGCUGUAUUAUGUAGUGUAACUGAGUCAUAUAUUAUUGCAAGCGUUCAAAAUUACCGUCAACUAGCUGUGCUUGACACUUGGUUAACAUGUUAAACCUUCCUGAAGUUCCUGUCUUGGAAAUUAACAUUGGUAUGAUUUUGAUGUUUUCUUCAGUUUUGUCCUCUGCAUAUUUUGGUAAAAUUUGUCAUGAAACUUCCCCACAAAUAAUAGUCAUGUCAAUGAGUAGGUCAUAAAGGAUGACUUGUUGCAAGGAAACCAUAUAAUUAUGGACCAUAUGGGUAGUACACCAUUUGCUGAGAGUGCAUAUUCCUUAUCAUCACGUAUUGAACCAGGUAGCUUGGUCAAUAUAGUGACUUGAGUAUGAACUGGAUGACUGGGGUUCAAUCCCUGACGGGCAGACGAUUUUUCCUCUAGCCUCUGCGUCCAGACUGGCUCUGGGGCCCACCCAGCCUCCUGUCCAGUGUGUACUGGGGUUAAAGCACGGCCAUGGCAUGACGCUGGCCACUCACCGCUAUCUAAUGCUGCGGUUAAGAACGAGCUCUCCUCCCCCAAAUGCCUACAUGGCAUGUAGCAGGACAACUUUACUUUUUACUUUGAAACACUGCUUUGUUGUGGGAUGCUUUUAACCAUGCUCCCAUAUCAUCACAUUUUUCUUUUGAACACAUCUGUUCUCACUUUAACAAAGAAACCUGUUUGCCAGUCGUAUUGUUUUCAAGUUAAAUAGGUCUCUGUGUAAGGAUAUUCAUCAGCUGUAGGUUCAAAUCUUGGCAGAUACUAGGCGAGUACUUUAAAGUACAGCCAGGUGCUUCUUUCUUGAUCAUUCUUAACUGUCCUGUGAUGUUAAAGCAAGUAAAUUUGGGUUGGGUGCCCUGUUUUUGAUGUACAGAGCAUAGCUGUCAUAGGAGUGGUCGUGCACUUACGCUCCACUGCCAUGAGCUGUUCGUCUGUUAGCUUCGUACAUUAUUGUUUUCAUCCUAGUACAUAUCUCGUCUUCCUGCUGUUUUGUGAUGGUGAAUAUGGAGUCAUCUGUUGUGAUUCUGUUGCCAGUUGUAUUUUAAGAUGGUUAUCUUAGUGUGGUCUGCAGUCUCACAUGAGUUGUUGAACUGAACCAAAGUGUGUACGUACUUCAUGAUUCCACACACACACGUGAAGUAUCGAUGAUUUAAGCCUGAACCCAGUGCAUUGUAAUUUUGGCAGAUCUUUAGAGCGGGAACUGUGGAGACUAAACCUGUGGAUUUGGUUUCUUAUGCAUCUGUGAUUCUGUUUUAUAAUUUCUACUCUCUUUUUAAUUAUUAGAACCCACUGAACAUGUAAUGUAGUGGUUAGAAUAUUUGUUUCAUGUUUGCGGUCUUGCAGGGGCCAGCUAUCAUUUUAGCAGUGACUGUAGCCUUAUGAACUCUUGGUUUAUAUGAUACUACCAUUUCUCAUUUGAUCUCUGCAGUUGGUAAAUAAACUGAGAGAAAUGUUGAAGAUUGAUAAGUUGACAGUAUGAUUAGAACUCAGUUACCAGUCUGAAUGAUGGAGUGGUUAUGAAUUCAUCCAUCUGAAUAGUUUAAAUUAAUGGAUACUAGUUUGUUACUGAAAACAUUACUCUGACAUGAGCCAAAAGAAGCUCUAUUUGAGGACUGUCAGACACCUGAAGGUCGAUUGUGAAUCAGCAAGAUAGUUUUUGGCAGGGCUAAACUGAAAUGGCCAAAGAAACACCACUUUAUGAAAUCCCACAUUCACAUCUGGCAUCUGACCAUUUCAGUGUUUGUACUACAAAGGGUGGAGUAAAGUGAUUUUUGUGGUCAGUGCAUGAUUUGGGGGAGGGGCAGUGGUGUCAGACUGCUUUUCAGCCCUCCUGUCACAGUCGCACACAAAGUGGUUCAGGGUUUGUUGCACCUGUGUGUUUAAAUUAUUAAUCAAUUGGUUGUUUUAUUAUUAUGCCCCCCCCCCCAAGCUGGAUAAUUGGGGGGAGUAAUAUGUACGGCUGGUUGACUGUCACUGCCCCUUACGAUCGGUAUUAAACUACUUUGAAUGUU